GCGCGGGCGGCCGCAGGAGGCGGCGGCGCGGUGGCUCGGAGGCGCCAGGCCCUCGCGGGGCCGCGCGGGGCCCGGGUGGCGGCCACGGCGGCGGCGCGGCCGGAGGAGGAGGCGGAGGAGGAGGAGGGCGGCGUCCGUGCAGCCGGCCCGCGCCCGGCGGAGGAGGAGGCCAUGAACGGCGACCGGACCGAGAGCGACUGGCAGGGGCUGGUGAGCGAGUACCUGGUGUGUAAAAGGAAGCUGGAGAGUAAGAAGGAAGCCCUGCUGAUCCUUUCCAAGGAGCUGGACACAUGCCAGCAGGAAAGGGACCAGUACAAACUCAUGGCCAAUCAGCUUCGAGAGCGCCACCAGUCCCUGAAGAAGAAGUACCGCGAGCUGAUCGAUGGAGAUCCAGCACUUCCCCCGGAAAAGAGGAAACAGGCCAAUCUUGCACAACUAUUGAGAGAGUCUCAAGACCGAAAUAAACAUCUGGGAGAAGAAAUUAAAGAACUCCAGCAAAGGCUUGGAGAAGUCCAGGGCGACAAUAAGCUCUUGAGGAUGACAAUUGCCAAACAGAGGCUUGGAGAUGAAGAAAUUGGUGUGCGGCACUUUGCGGCCCACGAGCGUGAAGAUCUGGUUCAGCAGCUGGAGAGAGCUAAGGAACAGAUCGAAUCUCUGGAGCACGACCUGCAGGCCUCUGUGGACGAGCUUCAGGAUGUGAAAGAAGAGCGGUCUUCCUACCAGGACAAAGUCGAGAGGCUCAACCAGGAGCUCAACCACAUCCUGAGCGGUCACGAGAACCGUAUCAUUGACGUGGACGCCCUGUGCAUGGAGAACAGGUACCUUCAAGAGAGAUUAAAGCAACUUCACGAAGAGGUCAACCUCUUGAAAUCUAACAUUGCCAAAUACAAGAAUGCUCUCGAGAGACGGAAAAAUUCCAAAGGCCAGGGUAAAUCCAGCAGCAGUGCCUUGACUGGAGUCCUGUCUGCAAAGCAAGUCCAGGAUCUGCUCUCCGAGGAUCACGGGUGCAGUCUCCCAGCCACUCCACAGUCCAUUUCUGAUCUGAAAUCUCUGGCAACAGCUCUGUUGGAGACGAUCCAUGAGAAAAACAUGGUGAUCCAGCACCAGAGGCAGACCAACAAAAUCCUAGGGAAUCGAGUGGCUGAACUGGAGAAAAAAUUAAGAACCCUGGAAGUUUCUGGUUUAUGGAGUCUUCCAGGGGGCAAGGACACCAUACUCUUUGGCGACCCUGCUCUGCCCACCAUGCAGAGGUCAAGAUCCCCGCUGCUGAAGUUGAUUGAGCAGCCUGCUGGGAACAAAGCGAGUCCCAAGGACGGGGAGGCUCAGAAGCAAGAACGAGAUGAAAGUUGUGCCGCCGCCGCCGCCGCCGAGGCGCUGACAGCUCAGGAGGAUGCCGGGAGGCCCACUGUCAGCUCCCCAGCAAAUCUGAGUCACGGGAACCAACGCGGGCACUUUCACCCCUCGUUACCCCAGCUCCUUCCUGAGGAAGAAGUAAACAGGCUUGGAGGGGAAAUCGUGAAACUGGCAGAGGAGCAGGCAGCCACAGAACCAGAAGGAGUCCGACAAGAGAGUGCCGUAGAGGGUCCAAGGGACGAGAGGGGGCCAAGCCCACCGGGCUCAGCCACCAAAGGGCCGUGUGCCAAACUUUGCCAGGACUUGGCUGAAUCCAGCCUGCCCUCGGCCGAAGCUUCUGCCCUGGAAGACGGCAGGGAGAUGCCAGGGGGUGGAGGUAUGAGGAGCACCACGAAAACAUGAACGGGAAAGCGAUGGGCCUGGUGACACAUCGAAGGCACCAGGGACGGUAAAGAAUUCAGGAUCAGAACAGCUCACCGAAGUCACUUCCUCCCAAAACACCUCCAGGCCUGUGCAUGAGAGAGGACACAGCUCCCGUUGCAAACGUUGAACAUUCUGAUGAUGCCAGCACAGUUUGAUUUAUUAAAUGCGGGUCCUCAA